GAAAUUUGGUUAUAGUUAAAUACAUAAUAAUAUAUUUUCAUUUUAUUAACAAUUCACAAAGAAAUAACUGAUAGUUAUUCGUCUAUUUGUUAUUUUGUGGAACAAUUGGAUGAAAAAAAUGAAUGCUGUUGGUGCUACCAAAAUUUACGCAGUGGUUGAAUUUCUGGGAAGUUCAGAUUCUGCAAAAGAUGUAGAUCUGAUACCAGCCAAAUGGAUUACCGAAGAAAAUGGUGAGUUGCUCUGUUACUAUCCGCCGAUGGAAGAUUAUGACAAAAGAGACAAAUAUACUCAGGAUUUAGUUGAUGCGGAUGAAAACUGGGAGAAGUUUUCCGUUCAAAUUCUUACUUAUGCAAAUAGUUACUUAAAAGGAAAACGACGUUUAAAACGUUCUUUCAAGACUACUGACAUUAGAAGUACUGAUGACGAAAAUAAUCAAGUUACCAUGCCAACAGUUUUUUCUAGAAAAAACUUCACUAAAGAGUUGCGUGGAAUAGCGGCUAUGAACACCAGUUCGUCAGCUCCAAAGGAGAAGAUAAAUUACGAUAACAGCCUAGAAGAGAUACCUGAAGAUCAAUUGACAGAAAGUGAAACCAAUGAAGUAUUCAAUUUCGAAUCUAUGCAAAAAUUUUUUGAAAAAAAAAUUGAAGAACAAACAAAACAAUUGCAGCGUUAUUUAAUUUGCGAGAAAAAAAGUCUGCAGUAUGACAUCCGCAAAUAUUUUGAGGAAAUCAAAAAUAUACUCAUUGUCAACACGGCUAAUUCAAGACCCCAUGAAUCUGUGUCAAGUGCCAUUAAAAAAUUAGAUCUUCCACUCCCACUGAAAACUUUAGAAGACUUUAAAAAACUUGAGGAAGAUUUAAAAACUGAUGAAUUAAAGAAAACCGUAUUGCUAUCAUUGUUUCGGGUAAAAAUUUAUGGAGAAACGUCAAUUAAGAGCUGCAUUAAUAAAAUAAUGUCGGGUUUUUUGACAAAAAAUGUUGAGCAACAUUAUUCGGGAACUGGCAAAUUAAUAAAAGGUGUUGGAAAACUAAAUUUUAGCGGCACGGAGGCGUUUAAAUGCAUGAAAGAUGUUAUAUUGGAAAAAUUCGGCGACUCGGAAGAUUGCAAAAAUCUUCCGGGGAAAGUAGGUCGAUGGCUUUCCGGAUGCGGGGAUCGAGAGAAGGGACGAAAAGCGCGGUCAUCGUCAGUGUAAAAAAAUUAGUGUAAAAAAAUCAAUUCCGACGUUUGCUUGGAACCUUCGGC